AGGCAAACCUGACUCCAAAAGACGAUGUAGAGGACGAUACUCUAGAGGCAAUGCCAAGAGGGUAGAGACACGAUGCAUCAGAAAUGGCAUCUCCUGGUGACCCUGACGAAAUCAAGUCUUUCAAUCCAGAAAAUGAAGACAAAUCACUAUGAGUCAAAGGGGACAUACGUUUGUGACCUAGUGGGUACGCAACGCCGUCGGAGAAGAAGUGACGAUGGCAUCAAACAAGGGGAAUAUGUGGAAAACUCGCUCUUGGCAUUCAUAAAUAAAACUCACAAAGCAAUGGAGAAGAUGGUUGAUUUACGUCAUGAACUUGGGGACGACGUGACACAUUCGUUGAGGGAGCUACACAAAAACACAAACAACACUGAGAUCGCGCACAAUAUUGAAAGUCUGGUGAAGCUAGAAGCAGAGUAUGGACCACUACCACAAUAUUACCCAGCCAUUGACAAUGUAUUGGAUUAUCUGAAAGAGCUUCAUGGAUCAAUUGUCCGUAAGGACAUCAAGAUGAGGUUACUCCUAUACUUCAUUAUCAGUCCGGAAGGAAGUCUGCGAUCGCAAAUGGCUCUGCUCGAUGCCCUGGAAACUGCAGCCAAUGACGAUGAAUUGGAAGCCAUCGUCAUGUACAUAGCAAUGGUGGCUAAUCCGCAGCCUCAAAUGGUCAACGAACUCGAGAAACUCAUAACGUCUGAUGUUCACUCCACUGACCCACUCCUCUUGGCUUACGGCGCCAUUAUUCCCAAAACUUCUCCAGAACUCCACCAGCGAAUGGUUCUCUUCCUCGUCGAUCGACUCCCAGAGGCCGAGAGGAAUACCACGUCACUCCUUCACCACAUUCUCUCUCUCGGAAACUCUGGCUCCCCCAGCAUCUCCAGCUACCUCAUUGACUAUCUCAACCACCCCGAGAGCAACGUUCAACUGACAGCCAUUCUCGCUAUGCGGUUUCUUAUGCGAGAGCCUUCCGUCCAGAAAUCUCUGAAAGACCUACUCGCACAACCACACGUGAACGAGGACCACCUGACUGUGAUAGCCAAGUCUCUGGUGUAUGGGUGUGAACGAGCAAAGAUUAACUUUGAGGAAGCUCCUUUCUCCAGCGACUUUGCUGAAGCUCUAGUAGCACUAGCUAUGAACAUCCCCAAUGAAGAACUGCACUCAGCUCUUUCCGAAUAUCUAAAAGGUGUCAACACACCAGAGUCCAUCAAACUACUUCAGAUCUUAAAGUUUCACCGAAAUCCAGAUUUUUUCGACGACAAAACAAACACAACGCGCUUCCGAAGAGGAUCGACAUGGGAUGAAAGCAAUCCAGACUACAACAUUGUUUCACCGCUCUCAGUGCGUCGGAAUGACGUUCAAACGUACCAGAAUAGACUCGCAUUCAUCUGGGGUAAAAAGUUUGGCGGAGGAGAUAUAAAUGCCCAAGUUGGGGCAGGUGGAUUUGUUGGAAUAGCCAACAACGGUGACUACAAGCUAUUUGGAAAUGCCGUAGCUAGAGCUAACUGCUACGAUCGCUCACUUACCAUCCUGCAGUUUUUGGUCUUGCGUGAGAAGGACUCCAGCUCAACGGAGAGUUGGUUCUACGCUGUCGUAAUGGGGAACACUCUGAGGAACAUUCGGCUAUCACAAGACGCCAGUGUUUGCAAAACUCUCGAUCACUCGCUUUACGAAGGAAAACAGUACACUAUUUUCGACUUUACAUACAGUAUCUUUGUGGUAGUUGGCACCCUCAACUUUAAUCUCAAGGCAACGGUACAGUUCACGUCUGGGAUGUACAUAGAGUUUUGUGAGAACCACGGAAGUCUGAGUGUUGGUGCUGGACUCAAACCUACCCUGACUAUAAAAGUUUCGGCCGGUGGAGACCUGGAGAUUCUAUGGGUGGCCAAAGCCGGCUUCACACUGACGGCGACAUUCAACUACCAAGUUCUGCCAGAAAUCUCCAGCGAGCUGUGCUACAAAGAGUCACAGAUAAGAGUGAAGAACUGCAUCGGAAUCUACCACCAGUGGGCGGACAAUACACUCGAGCUGUACGCGUGGUAUGCCUGGAGAGGAUGGUGCGGUUGGUGGGCCUGCACUGGUAGCGAUGCUUACAAGAAUAGGAACAAGAUAAAUGCUCUUUCUAUCUCAUGGGAUCUUCCCGGAACAGACAAACUGACCCUGUGGGAGACCUGCGACCAGCAACAUGAAUGCUAAGCACAGAGGGAAAAGACGUGACAUUGCGUGACUAUUUUAGAAGUAUAGAAAGACACUCAGGAUAGGUUUUGUAGGAGAUUUUCUUAAUACUCAACAUGAUGUUGAUUACAACACGUCAGCUAAAUACUCCAAACACCUACGUUUCACAAGA